AUGGUUCAUGCUCCUCCCUCUGGCUCGCAAGGAGGCCUUGUUCUUGCUUGGAAACCGGAUGUAAAUAUUGUUAGCUUUUAUGUCACUUGUAAUAUUAUAUGUGUUUGGCACUAUUCGGAUACUCCGCUUAUUAAAUGUAUGCUUACCUUUGUUUAUGGGCCUCCAUACAAGAAUCUUUGCUCUGCUUUUUGGAAGGCUAUGAAUACACUGGGGGUUUCUUAUAAUGAUCCGUGGGUUUGCAUUGGGGAUUUUAAUUCUAUUACCUCUCCUGAUGAUAAAUUUGGGGGUCGAGCAUUUGACUCUUUCUCUCCAAGCCUAUUUGCGGAUUUCAUGGAUGGAUUUGGUAUGAUUGAUUUGGGCUUUAGUGGUAAUCCGUUUACAUGGUCUAACCAUCACCAAUGCUCUGGUUUAAUCAAGGAAAGGCUGGACAGGGGUGUUGCAAAUUGUCACUGGAUUCAUUUUUUUCCAUCGUAUUCGGUUGUUCAUCUCCCAGCACAUAGCUCUGAUCACUGUCCCGUUCUUUUAAAUACUAGUCCAAUAUUACCGUCCCUUCCUCGCCCGUUUCGUUUUGAAGCGUUUUGGACUAGGGAUCCAACAUGUGGUAUUGUUAUUGAAGAAGCUUGGUCCCCUUUUAUAGCUGGUUCUCCUUCUUACUGUCUAACAAAAAAACUUAAGCUAACAAAGGAGGCUAUUAAAUUUUGGAAUAAGCAUUUUUUUGGGAAAAUUAAAUCUAAGGUGGAUCGAACUCUUCUUUUGCUUGAUAAGGUUCAACAGGCCCCUCCCUCGGAUGCUAAUUUAGCUACAGAACUUCACCUUCAAUCAUUGCUGGAUGAAUACCUUCUUCAGGAGGAGUCCCUUUGGAAGACUAAAUCUCGGGAAUUAUGGCUUACGACAACAGAUUUGAAUACCAGAUUUUUCCACACUAGCACUAUUAUCCGUCGUCGGCGUAAUUUUAUUUCUAUGUUACAAACCCCAGGUGGGGGCUGGAUUUCUGACCGGGCUGAUAUUGGAAUCUCUUUCGUUACACAUUUUAAGAAGUUGUUUACUUCCACUAAUCCGGUUUUUACUCCUGCCCUAUUGGAUCUUUUUAAUCCAGUUAUUACGGAUACUGACAAUAAUCUGUUGUGUGCUAUUCCCACGGAGGAAGAGAUUUUUGCUUCACUGAUUAGUUUGGGUAAGGAAAAAGCGCCUGGUCCUAAUGGGUUCACUGCUUUAUUCUAUGUCAAGUAUUGGGAAUGUAUAAAGACUACGAUUCUGCUGGCUGUCGGUAAUUUUUUUGAUUCUAACACUUUGCUAAGAGAACAAAAUCAUACUUUUAUUGCUUUAAUUCCAAAGCGAUUGGACGCCUCUGUUGUUCAUCAUUUUAGACCUAUUAGCCUUUGUAACAUUAUUUACAAAAUUAUCUCAAAGCUCUUGGCCAACAGACUCAAGCCACUUUUAUCGAAGAUUAUUUCUCCAUUUCAAACUGCUUUUGUGCCGGGUCGUCAUAUUCAGGAUAAUUCUAUUCUUUCACAUGAGAUGCUACACUCUCUCAAGAAUAAGAGGGGAAGAGGUGGAUUAAUGGCUUUAAAUAUUGACAUGGAAAAGGCCUUUGAUAAAAUGGAGUGGAGCUGUGUUUUUAUUAUCAUGGAGAAAUUGGGGUUUCAUCCAAUUUGGAUUAAUUGGAUCCGGAUUUGUAUCUCAACUUCUUCUUUCUCAAUUCUACUGAAUGGAUCCCCUUUUGGUCUUUUCCGGCCUUCUCGUGGUUUACGUCAAGGUGAUCCACUGUCUCCUUUUCUCUUUAUUUUGGGUACUGAGGUAAUUUUCAGACUCCUUCAUCAAAGUCUACAGGGUUUUAAGAUUUCAAGGAGAUGCUUCCCUCUUAAUCAUCUUCUAUUUGCUGAUGAUCUGAUUAUCUUUACACAUGCCACCUCUUCGGAAGCUGAUAUUAUCAAGGAUUGUUUAACUAAAUAUAGUCUUUGGUCGGGACAAACGGUUAAUAUGGAAAAGUCAAAUAUCCUGUUCAGUGCUAAUACUACUGAAUCUACUAAAGCUAGUAUUCUGGAUAUUAUCCCCUAUGCUAAUACUCCUAAUACUGCUAAACAUUUGGGCCUUCCUAUGUUCUUUGGCCGUUCUAAACAAUAUCAUUUUUUGGAUAUUCUUGACAAAGUCAAGGGGAAAAUUGAAGGAUGGAGAUCUAAAACUUUAUCACAGGCUGGGAAAUCUGUUUUGCUUAAAGUGGUAGCUUCUUCAAUCCCUUCUUAUGCAAUGAGUUCUUUUAUGUUCCCUGAUAUCCUCUGCAAUCGUCUAGAUGCUGCUUUCAGGAAAUUUUGGUGGGGUUUCCCGGUUAAUAAAACUCAUAAUCUCUCUCUGAAGUCGUGGAAAUCGAUUUGUGUGCCCAAAGAUCAGGGUGGUUUGGGCUUCCGUUUGAUGAAAGAUAUCAAUGUCUCUCUUAUUGCUAAACUUGGGUGGAAGAUUCUUGUUAAUCAUGAUGCACUUUGGAUCCCUCUCUUCAAGGAGAAAUACAUUAAAUAUGGAACUCUACUCUCCUGCCCCCUAACCACUGGUUCCUAUAUCUGGAAUGGCAUCACUUCUGUUGUGCCCUUGCUUAAAUUAGGUGCCUGUUAUGUACCUCAUGCAUCAAGUUCUCUGGCUAUUUGGAAUUCGCCGUGGAUUCCUACUUUAACCAAUUUUCAACCUGUUCCUCGAGUUCCGCGACUCUGCUUCGAUUACCCGUUGGUGAUUUCGAAUCUUAUCCAUCCGCAGUUUUUAACUUGGAACGUACCACUGCUACACUUUCUUUUUGCUCCUGAAACAGUUACAGAAAUUCUUAAGAUCUCGACUCGAGCUUUGUCUGACUCUCUUAUCUGGACUGCAUCGGCUUCAGGGGUUUUCUCUUCCAAGACAGCUCAUCAUUUGUAUUCUUCCUCUCGAUCCACUCCUGUCUCGCAUGUUUCUUCUAGCAGUUGGAAAGGUUUGUGGAAGCUGAAGCUCAAUCAUAGACUCAAACUUUUUCUCUGGAAAAUGACCUGGAAUAUUGUCCCCACCAAGGAUCGAAUUGCACAGUCAAUUAUAACUACUCAAAGGGAUUCUUCAUGCUCUUUAUGCUCUGCUUCAACAGAUUCGCAGCUCCACCUCUUUUUCUCAUGCCCUGUUGCGAAGGUCAUUUGGCGGAACUCUUUCUGGCCUUUGGAUAUUACUGCCUUAUGUAUCUCUGAUAUUUCUGAUUGGCUAAAUAUUAUUCUUCAUCCGGGAAUAUUAGGUAUUCCGCCUGCCGAUUUUCAUCUAUUCCAAAUAUUUGCAAUGGUAGCUUGUGAUAGUAUCUGGUACUCUCGAAACAAAGCUCAUCAUGAUGGGUGGAUUCCGAAUGCUUUAUCAAUCUCCGCUGAUGUUAACCGUAAAUCACGGACACAUUUUCAGGCUUGGUCAAAUAAAAUUUCUCCUGUUCGUCAGAUCUGGACUAAGCCUGCUCCUCUUUGCUUCAAAAUUAACUAUGAUACAGCUAUCCGUCGGAAUUUCUCAGCUCAGGCAGCAGUUUGUAGAGACUCUACGGGUGCUAUUAUUCAAGUAUUGAUGAGAAUCAGUCCUUUAUGCACCCCUUUGUAUGGAGAAGCAACCGCAGCUCUUCUUGCAGCCACUUUGUGCUCAUCUAUGGGAUUGUCCAAUGUAAUUUUUGAAGGGGAUUCCUUGACAGUUAACCUUGCAAUUAAUAAGGGAUUACUCAAGACUGGCGUAUUUCGUCCAUCAUAUCGGAGUUCUUUUCAACUAUAUCAUCCACUCCAAGCUGGUCUGCUAGUAACAUCAACCGAAGUGCAAACUUCUGCGCCCACUAUGUGGCUGAUUGGGCCGCGACUAGAUUUACCUCUAGCUGCAUUCCCACCUCUGUUUUGUCUUUUACACCUUUUUGUUCGUCCAUUCCUCUCUGUUUUGGAAUGGAUUUUUCAUUCUCCUUUAAAGUUCCUUGAAUUCUUGCUCAUGUAA